AUGACUCUUUCAUGGUGGCGGCCGUGGUAUGUCAAGACUUUUUUUUCCAACCAAUUCAAACUUUUUGACCCUCCUGAAGGCAUAUCUCCUGACGGUUCCCUCGGAAAGAUUCUCUUGAUUGCAUAUGCUGCCGUCCUUACCGUAGCCGCAGAUAAGGGCCUAGGUCGGCAUCUUGAAUAUGUUGCCCAGAGUCCAGAAGAUGCGAUGGAUGUUGCGCUGCUAAGCUUUGUGUCACAGCCGCUGGUCAUCAUGUCGUGUGCCUUGGGGAAAACCAGCUUCGCCUUGACUCUGAUCCGCGUGGCAGCACAGCACUGGGUCAUGGUGUUGCUUUGGUUCAUGAUUAUUUCCAUGAACAUUUUGCACAUGCUAAUUUCCGUUUGUGUCUUUGCUCGCUGCGAGGAUCCUCGUCACCUUUGGAAUCCCGCUAUUCCUUCCAACUGUUGGUCGGCGAAAGCAUUUGACGAUCUGUCCCUAUUCAUAGGUUCUAAUGUUUCUCUUCCCAUUCUUGUAGCAUAUUCAGCCGCAACCGACUUUAUCCUCGCUUUGCUGCCCUGGGUAAUCCUCUGGAAUCUCCAGAUGAAGAAGCGAGAAAAGUUUGGAGUUGCCGUGGCUAUGAGUCUCGGCAUUUUUGCCGGUUCCAUUGCCAUCAUCAAGAUCCAGUAUCUUGUCGCAAACACUGACGCCAAGGACAUUACGUAUUCCCUUGCGUCGCUCCUGGGAUGGGCUGGGGUAGAGAAUGGCGUAAUUCUGCUAGGCGCCUGUGUUCCAACCUUGCGACCAUUGCUCAAGAAGAUAUUCCCCGGAUCUUCGGCCAAGAGAGAAAAGCCCUCCAAUGACAGCACCGAGCUCAUCACCUUUACCAAUUUCAACAUGUUUGCUCCAAAAGCCAGACGAGGGCACUGGAGCACUACAGUCGAAACUGAGCUUCCUCAAGAGGCAGACGACCAAAGCGAGCGGAGUAUCUUCAAACGAGCCCCUGAAGAAAGCGAAAACGUUGAGAUUGUUCACCGUCUGAGUCGAGGAGCUUGCAGGACGCAGUCAAACGAUUCACCACAUUCUAUUAAGAAGACGAUGGAUGUCGACGUCAUUUACGAUCAACCAUGA